GUGUGACGUCAGACUUCCUAUUUUCCCAGAGUCUCUUUACCAAAUGCACAUCGAAAAUUUAGCUGUAAAAUUUUAAGCAUCGUCCGGAAGUAUUCUUCCUGCAUCUUCUAUCUAUUUAUUGCUAGAUGAUUGUUUCUAGAACUAUUGCAAGAAAUAUAAUUUCCUUCCGAAGGGUGGGGUUAAAAUAUUCUUCCGCAACAGCGGUCUGAUCGUACCGCAGUCAACUGUUCUGGUUUGAUGCUGGGGUUGUUUUCACUGUUAACCUGUCUGUUUAUAAAUUCAUAGUUUGUGUGGUGGUUGAAGAUAAGUGAGCCAUGACAACAGAUAUAUCUGUUGCUGUCCGGUGGGACCCUGUUAAUCAACAGGAGUUGGAUGACUAUGAUUAUGAUGGUGGAAAUAGCUCAUCUAGGUUGUUUGAAAGAUCCAGAAUUAAAGCACUAGCAGAUGAAAGAGAAGCUGUACAAAAGAAAACCUUUUGUAAAUGGGUAAAUUCUCAUCUUGUGAGGGCCAAUAGUAGAAUAUCAGACUUGUACACAGAUUUAAGAGAUGGAAAAAUGUUAAUAAAGCUUUUAGAGAUUCUAUCUGGUGAAAGAUUACCGAAACCUACUAAAGGCAAAAUGAGAAUACAUUGUUUGGAAAAUGUAGACAAAGCUCUACAGUUUUUAAAGGACCAACGUGUUCACUUAGAAAAUUUGGGUUCUCAUGAUAUUGUAGAUGGAAACCCACGCUUAACUCUUGGCCUUAUAUGGACUAUCAUUUUGAGAUUUCAGAUUCAAGAUAUUACAAUUGAGGAAGUUGAUAAUCAAGAAACUAAAUCUGCUAAAGAUGCAUUGUUAUUAUGGUGCCAAAUGAAAACAGCAGGUUAUCCAAAUGUAAAUAUCAGGAAUUUCACAACAAGUUGGAGAGAUGGUUUAGCUUUCAAUGCUAUUAUUCAUAAGCACAGACCUGAUUUGAUACAGUAUGAUAAGUUAUCAAAAUCUAAUGCGAUACAUAAUUUGAACAAUGCAUUUACUACAGCUGAACAAAAUCUUGGGGUUACAAGACUGUUGGAUGCUGAAGAUGUUUAUGUGGAGAGUCCGGAUGAAAAAUCUAUCAUUACAUAUGUUGUCACAUAUUAUCAUUACUUCUCAAAAAUGAAGCAAGAGACAGUUCAAGGUAGAAGAAUUGGAAAGGUCAUAGGUUUAGCAAAGGAAAAUGACCAAUUGAUUGAUGAAUAUGAAACAUUAACAUCAGAUCUUCUUCAAUGGAUUGAGCAAACAAUAACAGCUUUAUCUGACAGAAAGUUUGCCAAUUCAUUAACUGGUGUGAGACAACAAAUGUCUGCAUUUAAUAACUACAGAACUGCUGAAAAACCACCAAAAUUCACUGAAAAAGGUAAUCUUGAAAUAGCUCUGUUUACUUUAGUAAGUAAAAUGAGAGCUAACAACCAGAAACCAUAUGCUCCAAAAGAAGGUAUGAUGAUUGCUGAUAUUAAUAGAGCUUGGGAACGUCUUGAAAAAGCUGAACAUGAAAGAGAGUUGGCAUUGAGAGAAGAAUUGAUCAGGCAAGAAAAAUUGGAACAAUUAGCUGCCAGAUUUGAUCGUAAGGCUGGAAUGAGAGAAGCUUGGCUAAGUGAAAACCAACGCCUUGUGUCACAAGACAACUUCGGCUUUGAUUUGGCAUCAGUUGAAGCAGCUGCUAAAAAACACGAAGCAAUAGAGACUGAUAUUUAUGCUUAUGAAGAAAGAGUACAAGCAGUUGUUGCUGUUGCUCAAGAACUAGAGACUGAAAACUAUCAUGACAUUGAGAGAAUUAAUGCCAGGUUGGCUAGAUUGUUAUCUAAAGAUUAUGGCAAACAUCUCAUGGGAGUUGAAGACUUAUUACAAAAGCAUAGUCUGGUAGAAGCUGAUAUAAAUGUUUUAGGCGAGAGGGUGAAAGCUGUUGUACAACAUUCUCAAAAAUUUGUUACCGAAGAAGAGCAUGGUUAUCGUCCAUGUGAUCCUAAGAUAGUAACUGAGCGAAUUGACCAAUUAGAAGCUGCUUAUUCAGAGCUGGUCCACUUAGCUCUUGAAAGAAGAAACAUGCUUGAUGAGUCUCGAAAAUUAUGGCAGUUCUAUUGGGAUAUGACAGAAGAAGAAACUUACAUAAAAGAAAAAGAACAAAUCUUGUCUUCUGAAGAAAUAGGUCAUGACUUGACCACAGUUCAUCUCCUCAUUAGCAAAAACAAGGCUAUGGAGGAUGAAAUUGCUUCACAUGAGCAACAGUUGCAAGAUGUUAUUCAAGUGGGUGAAGAUUUAAUUACUGCUAAUCACUUUGGCUCUGAUAGAAUUGGUGAUAGAAUCGGUGAAGUUAAUAGUAUGUGGGACCACUUGAAAGAAUUGCUGGCUCAGCGAAAACAACGCCUGUACGAUGCUGUUGAUUAUCAUCAAUUCUUUGCUGAUGCCGAUGAUGUUGACACUUGGAUGUUGGAUGCUCUUAGAUUGGUUUCCAGUGAAGACGUUGGCUGUGAUGAAGCUAAUGUUCAGUCCCUAUUGAAAAAACACAAGGAUGUUACUGAUGAAUUGAAGAACUAUGCAAACACUAUUGAUGCUCUGCAUACUCAAGCAUCUGGUCUUGGAGAUAAGGACCGGGAAGCUCCAGAAGUUCUGGAGAGAUUGGCAAGUAUUGAUCGUCGAUACAAGGAUCUUGUGGAGCUUGCAAAAUUAAGGAAGCAACGACUGUUAGAUGCCCUUUCAUUGUAUAAACUCUUUAAUGAGGCUGAUGGUGUAGAACAAUGGAUUCAAGAAAAGGACAAGAUGAUGGAGAGCAUGGUGAUGAGCAGAGACAUGGAAGAUAUUGAAGUAAUGAAACAUAGAUUUGAAGGAUUUGAACAGGAAAUGAACUCGAAUGCUACUAGGUUGGCUGUUGUAAACCAAUUGGCAAGACAGUUGUUGCACGUGGAACAUCCAAAUUCUGAAGAAAUUUUAGCUCGCCAAAACCAACUAAAUCAAAGAUGGUCCUCUCUUCGAGAAGUUGCUGAACACAAGAAAGAGGAAAUUAAUUCUAAUCAUGGGGUUCAAACAUUCCAUAUUGAAUGUAAAGAGACAAUUACUUGGAUUGAAGAAAAAACUAAACUACUUCAUGCUACAGAGGAGCUUGGUAAUGAUUUGACUGGCAUAAUGACGCUACAAAGAAGACUGAGUGGUAUGGAACGAGAUUUGGCUGCUAUUCAAGCCAAGCUGGAUUCAUUAGAAAAAGAAGCAAACAAAAUACAAGGUGAUCAUCCUGAGGAAGCUGAAGCCAUCCGAGAAAAAAUCACACAAAUUAAGACCGUUUGGGCAGACUUAACUCAACUGCUUAAAGAUCGUGAUUCUAAACUUGAAGAAGCUGGUGACCUCCAUCGCUUUUUGCGAGAUCUUGAUCACUUCCAAGCUUGGCUUACCAAGACUCAGACUGAUGUUGCCUCUGAAGAUAUUCCAACUAGCUUAUCUGAAGCUGAGCGACUUCUUAGUCAACAUCAACAGAUUAGGGAUGAGAUUGACAAUUACACUAAAGAUUACGACGAAAUGAUGGAAUAUGGAGAGAGAGUCACUCAAGACCAGACUGAUCCUCAAUACAUGUUUUUGAGAGAGAGACUAAAGUCAUUGCAAGAUGGAUGGACAGAACUUCACCAGAUGUGGGAGAAUAGACAGCAACUAUUGUCUCAGAGUUUGAACUUACAAAUGUUUAUGCGUGAUGCUAAACAAGCUGAGGUCAUACUUAAUCAACAAGAGCACUACUUAUCUAAAGAUGAAGUACCAACUAAUCUUGAACAAGCUGAAGAUUUAAUUAAAAGACAUGAAACUUAUUUGGCUACUAUGGAAGCUAAUGAUGAAAAAAUUAACGCAGUUGUUAUGUUUGCUCAACGUCUGUGUGAUGAGGGUAACUUUGAAGCUGAUAAAGUGCACAAGAAAGCUGAAAAUAUUACUGAAAGACGAAAUGCCAAUCAUGCACAGGCUGCUGAGAUGAUGGAAAAACUUAAGGACCAAUUAAUGUUACACCACUUCCUUCAAGACUGCGAAGAGUUGAAUGAAUGGAUUCAGGAGAAAUCUAUAAUUGCUCAAGAUGAAACUUAUCGAAGUGCUAAAACAAUUCACAGUAAAUGGAUGCGGCAUCAAGCUUUUGCCGCUGAAGUUGCUUCCAAUAAAAAUAGAUUGUAUCAAGUAGAGCAGGCUGGAAAAGAUUUAGUUACCGAAAAGCCAGAGUUAACACCUUUGGUUGAACCUCAACUUGGUGAAAUUGCCCGACAGUUUGAUGACCUUGAGAACACAACAACUGAAAAGGGCGAAAAACUGUUUGAUGCUAAUAGGCAAGUGCUUUAUGAACAGACUUGUGAUGAUAUUGAUGGCUGGAUAAGUGAACUAGAAAACCAAGUAUUGUCUGCUGAGCCUGGUCAAGAAGCUAUCAGUUUGACUGGCGUCAAUCUUAUUCUACAGAAACAACAGAUGAUUGAAACUCAAAUGGCCGUGAAAGCACAACAAGUAACAGAACUCAAGAGUCAAGCGGAAUAUCUGAAGAAAAUGGAUCCUGCAAAGGAAGAUGAGAUUGUUGUCAAGAAAUCUUAUGUUGAAGAUAGAUUUCAGCGACUGCAAGCUCCUUUGCUUGAAAGGAAAGCCUUGCUUCUUAAGAAGAAAGAAGCAUAUCAAUUUAGAAGAGAUAUUGAAGAUGAGAAAUUAUGGAUAUCUGAAAAGAAGCCUCUAACAGAGUCUAGUGACUAUGGAAAUAGUCUCUUUAGUGUCCAAAUGCUGAAAAAGAAAAAUCAAUCUUUACGAACUGAAAUUGAAAAUCAUGAGCCAAGAAUUAUGAACAUCUGUGAAAAUGGCAAAAAACUUAUUAGUGAAGACCAUGAAGAUUCUGCAGAGUUCCAGCGAUUGAUUGACGACUUACUGCAGCAAUGGAAUAAUUUGAAGAAAGCUCUUGAUAAGAGGGAAGAUAAAUUGUUAGAAUCUGAAAAAGCACAACAGUAUUACUUUGAUGCCAGUGAAGCUGAGGCUUGGAUGAGUGAGCAAGAACUGUACAUGAUGGUAGAAGAUCGUGGCAAAGAUGAAAUCAGCACCCAGAAUCUCAAGAAGAAGCAUGAGAGUCUGGAGAACGCUGUGGAAGAUUAUGCUGAGACAGUUAGACAGUUGGGUGAGACUGCCAAACAGUUAUCUUCAGAGGGUCAUCCUGAAAGUGACCCGAUCAUAGUGCGACAGUCUCAAGUAGACAAGUUGUAUGCUGGUUUGAAAGAUCUUGCCUUAGAACGCAGAGCAAAAUUGGAUGAGGGUCUGAAACUAUUUUCUCUAGAGAGAGAAGUUGACGAUAUAAUGCAAUGGAUUUCAGAACGAGAAUUAGUUGCUGGGUCUCAUGAGCUAGGACAAGAUUAUGAUCAUGUUGUUAUGUUACAAGAACGGUUCAAAGAAUUCGCUAGGGACACUGAAGUCAUUGGAACGGAGAGAGUAGCGGAGGUAAAUGAAAGUGCUGAUCAGCUAAUAGCAUCUGGUCACUCAGAUAGCGCAACAAUAGCCGAAUGGAAGGACAAUUUGAAUGAAGCUUGGGCAGACUUGCUUGAACUAAUCGAUACGAGGACACAGAUGUUGGCUGCAUCAUGGAAGCUUCACAGAUUCUUCCAUGACUGCAAAGAUCUUCUAGGAAGAAUUUUAGAGAAACAAAAUUCCAUGUCAGAUGAACUUGGCAAAGAUGGAGUUAGUGUGUCCAGCCUACAAAGGAAACAUGCCAAUUUUGAAAAUGACCUACAGACACUUGGAGCAGCUGUUCAACAAAUCCAAGAAGAAUCAGAGAACUUGCAGAGUGCCUAUGCUGGUGACAAAGCCAAAGAGAUCACCAAUCGUGAAGGUGAAGUUGUGGGUGCAUGGCAGAAGCUUUUGGGCAUGUGUGAAGGAAGAAAGUUGAAGCUUGCAGACACCAAUGAUCUCUUCAGGUUCCUCAACAUGGUCAGAGACCUAAUGCUGUGGAUGGAAGAUAUUGUUCGACAAAUGAACACAUCUGAAAAACCAAGAGAUGUAUCAGGUGUUGAACUCUUAAUGAACAAUCACCAGAGUCUGAAGGCUGAAAUAGAUGCUAGAGAAGAUAAUAUUUCAGCUUGUAUCAACUUGGGAAAAGAACUUCUUUCCAGGAACCAUUAUGCAUCUAAUGAAAUCAAAGAAAGGCUCUUAUCCUUGACAAAUCAAAGGAGUUCAAUGAUGAAUCGAUGGGAAGAACGUUGGGAGCACUUGCAGCUAAUAUUGGAGGUGUACCAGUUUGCUAGAGAUGCUGCUGUUGCAGAAGCAUGGUUAGUCGCACAAGAACCAUAUUUGCUUAGCCAGGAAUUAGGACAUACAAUUGAUGAUGUAGAGCAGCUAAUUAAAAAACAUGAAGCAUUUGAAAAGUCAGCUGCAGCACAAGAAGAAAGGUUUGCAGCCCUUGAAAGAAUGACAACUUUUGAGUUGAAAGAUUUCAGAAGGAAGGAGGAGGAAGAAGCUGAAAGACUAAGGCAAGAAGAAUUAGCUAGAUUAGCUGCCCUAGAACCACCACCACAAGAAACACCUGCAGCAGACAGAGUUGAUGGUGAAAAAUCCCCAGAAAAGGAAGCAUUAUCGGUUAGUGGUGAUCAAGAAACUAUGCAAGAAGUGAAGAAAAAGGCUUCUCCUAUUGUUAAGAAGGCUACUUCUGGUACUGCUCAAACGAAAAAGACAGCAACUACUUCAUCCAGUCUCCCCCAUGAAUCUCAAUCAGCACCAAGCACCCCUUCUCCUGAUAAGGACAAGAAAAAAAGGUCGCGAUCCAAAUCACAGUUCAGUAGCUGGCGAAAAAAGAAAUCCACUGGUGAUGAUGAAGAUAGUUUUGAAAAAGGAAGUCCAACAGCUACCUCCCCUGAUGAGGAGGUUCAAUGUGAAGGCUUGUUAGGACGUAAGCAAGAAUGGGAAUCAACUACCAAAAGAGCAAGCAGCAGAUCAUGGGACAAAAUAUACAUUGUUCUUCAGGGCAAAAAAUUAUUCGCUUAUAAGGACCAAAGGCAUUACAAACAGGAGCCUGAAAAUUACUAUAGAAAUGAACAGCCCAUUGAUCUCAGAGGGGGCACUGCAGAAGUUCCUUCAGAUUAUACUAAAAGGAAACACGUUCUUAGACUUAAAUUAUCUAAUGGUGCUGAAUAUCUUUUCCAAGCUAAAGAUGAUGAUGAAAUGAACACUUGGCUACAGCGAUUACAAGCUGCUUUUGGCAGUGAAGGCUCUGCGGGACCAUCACGCUCUCAAACCCUCCCAGCCGGUGAAAAGAAGGAUGAGCACAAGAAAAAAGGCUUCUUCACCCUCAAGAAAAAAUAAAGCAGUUGUUGUGUUUAGAGAGUGAACUCAUUAAUCCACUACAGAAAACUCCAAUUGUUCAGAAAGACUAUUCAUGCAUCGGACCAGCAUCCCCUUUCUGACAACUUCCUUAAAUGAAAAAAAAGUAUAAAAAAAUAAAUAAAAUGCAUCUAUAGAAAAAUAAAAAUUAUCUACAACUGCCUCUACGCAGACACUUUCCUCAUCUGCAAUCAUUCCUUCUCGUGGCAAUCGAAGUUUUCUGCUGGUUUAAUUGCAGCUUUCUAUCCAGCUGCUCUCUGUCUAUAACGUUGGAGGAGGUUGUAGACAAUGAAAUUUCUGCUUAAAACAAAAGAACUGGACAUUCAAUCCUUAUGUAUGAUAUAGUGUCUAUGAUUCUUAAUUGACUCUUUCAUUCCGAAUCGCUUUAUGCAUUUACAAUGUUCACCUCAUGUUUAUUGUUAAACCAUUACCAUUGGAGUUCAGUUGUCUGCACGCUGGUGUGGCCGGUUAAAAAAAAAAUGGAAUACUGGCAACCCUGCUUGUAAAUACAGUGGAAGAGACACGAAACAAUUUUCUUGCUUGGAAUAGCAGUCUACUUUAAGAAAGAAGAAAUAUAUAUUUAAAAAUUGCAGUUCAGUUUUAAAAUUUAUGAAUAGUUAGUGAUUUAUGUAGUUUAUUCUUUUUAAUUGUUAUUUCUAGUUAAGAUCAUCUAAACUCGGUGUAUUUUAAAUUAUUUUCUUUCGCAUUUGUCCAGUUUUUAUCUUGUCUCAUUCUCUUCCAAAGCUAUUUUUAAAUGUAAGUUGUCAGAUAAGCAAAUUUUUCAGUUUCUGGUAAUCAUUUUUAAAAUGUCAAUUGUUAUAGCUUUAUGUUCCUCUGUUGUGAUUUAAAUGUUUUGCACUGGUCUUAAAGGUCGGUUUAUUUUUUAUUAUUACUCUUUAUUUGUGAAGUUUAUAUUUUUGAAUAAUUGCUUUUUUUUUAUGAAGAUGCUUAUAGCUUUAUUUAAAAUGAUAAAGAAACUAUAAAUAUAGAUAUAAUUUAAGUGCUUUCGGCAGCUUACAGUGUUUUAUUGUAUACAUCAUUUGAGAAAAUAAAAUUUAAAUUAAGUGCAAA